UCCGAAUAACUCAUUCUGUUGUAUAAGGAGGCCCCGACCAGUUGCAAAGAAAAAACGAUGGCGAUUUUAGGUAGAUUCUAUGUUGAUGCAUUAUUCUUUAUGGCCAUUCUGAUCAGCAGCUUCAAAGGUACUCUGACUCAAGAUAGCCCAUGUGUUUCUUCCAAGAACUGUGGCUCUUCUCCCUCGAAUGGUGGUUUGGUAAAUGGAAUAUCUGAUGAAAUCAAAAAACUCAAUCCCUUCAGUAACUCUGAGUGCAGAAAUCUGCUUUCGGAGCUGUUUUGUAGAACUAACGCAUACAAUGAUUGCAAAGAAGACGGCCAAAGUGUACUGGACGAUAUCAAGAAAAGAAUGAUGGAUCGUGGAUGUUCUGGAGCGGGCCUUCCGGUGUUCAGCGUCUUGUGUCUUCUUGCAGCUGCGCUCUUCCACACGAUUAUGUAAAUAAGUUUUUUCCUGUUCAAUUUUCAUUGUUAUUUUUGCAGUCUAACUAUGAUUUAAUAUUUUGUAUUUUUUUGUUUUACAUUUCAUGCAUGUGUUUUUGUAUUCUUUAUUGUUAAAAGUUGUGUUUGUGUAAAGAAGUUUAUAUUUAUACAUUUAUACAGACAAAUGAGAUGUUACAUAUUUAUUGUGAUUUCCUGCUAUCUUUAUGUUUAUUGUGAAUAUUCUAGGCACUGUUAAUUAAGUUUGGUUUUUCCUUUUCUUUUUUCAAUAAAACACCGAAGAGAAAAGAA